AUGUCGCUCACCAACUGUCGCUUCUACGAGGAGAAGUUUCCGGAGAUUGAUAGCUUUGUCAUGGUCACCGUCAAGCAGAUUGCGGAGAUGGGUGCAUAUGUCAAAUUGCUCGAAUACGACAACAUCGACGGCAUGAUUCUACUAUCCGAGCUGUCCAGACGACGAAUUAGGAGUAUACAGAAGCUUAUCAGAGUCGGACGUAACGAGGUCGUCGUCGUUUUGCGAGUGGACAAGGAGAAAGGUUACAUUGAUCUUUCAAAGCGUCGAGUAUCGCCCGAGGAUGUCGGAAAGUGCGAGGAGCGAUAUAACAAGAGCAAAUCCGUUCACUCAAUUAUGCGUCACGUUGCCGAGAAGACAAAGACUCCCAUCGAAGAACUCUACCAGCAAAUCGGAUGGCCACUGAAUAAGAAAUAUGGACACGCCAACGAUGCCUUCAAGCUCUCCAUCACGAACCCCGCUGUAUGGGACGACGUCACAUUUCCCAGCGCCGUUGUCAAGGAUGAACUUAUCUCGCAUAUCAACAAGAGGCUUACCCCACCACCUACCAAGGUCCGUGCCGAUAUCGAAGUUACCUGCUUUGGAUAUGACGGCAUCGAUGCUGUCAAGGACGCCCUACGCGCCGCCGAGUCCGUCAGUUCGCAGGUCAAAGUCAAGCUCGUGGCACCCCCGCUAUACGUCCUGACAAACCACUGCCUAGAUAAAACUCAGGGAGUCAAGCUGUUGGAAGAGGCCAUCGUGAAAGUCCAGGAGAAUAUAAAGGCCGGCGGAGGUUCAUGUGUCGUCCAGAUGGCGCCCAAGGCUGUUACAGAACAGGAUGAUGCAGACCUGCAAGCUCUUAUGGAGAAGAGGGAGCGUGAGAACCAGGAAGUCAGCGGUGACGAGAGCUUCAGCGAGAGUGACGAGGGUGUUGUCGAAUAA